AUGGAUCGUUUGAGACUCGAUCGCUUUCGUCUUCAUAUCUUGCCAAGCAUUCAUGAAAAUAUCAAAUAUUUGAUUCUUAAACCAGAUUUGAUAGAAUGUAUCUUGCUUGCUAGUCACUAUCCAAAUUUAACCAAGAUCAAACUUUGUGAUUUCAAUGAAGAAUGCGCUCUUCAUUAUUUUGGAGAUGAAUCACCGCUUCGAUAUAUUUUCCAGCACCAAAUUACAAAUCUCAUUCUUGUCAAUCAUGACAAGGAUAUGUUAAUAAAAUCAUUGAAAACUUAUAUUUUAAAUGUGUAUAUACAGAUUUUGAAUGUUUUUCAAAAUUUAAAACAUUUGAACAUUAUUGGAUCAUCCAACAUGUCCACUCUAUGCUUGGCAUUGCGUGGUCUACCAUCAAAUACUUUCUAUUUAUCGAGUCUCACUUACUUAUCUAUCGAUGUGUACAGUUUGGACGAUUGUCUUUAUUUACUUGAUGGUAGACUCAAACAACUGGCUACACUUAUUGUUCGUAUAGGCCACAUGGAGAACUCAUCAUCAAUCAUUCACAACAUGGAUCAUUUACCCAAUCUAAAAUGUUUCUCUUUGACAUUUCAAAAUUGUAUUACUUUACUCAAUACCAAAUUUUUACUUCUUUUUCGUCGAUUGUCAAAUUUGGAAAAUUUAACUUUAUAUCUUCGUAUAAAAGAUCAAGACAAAUUCGUUGAUGGUACUUUUCUUCAAAGUGAAAUUCUUGCCUACAUGCCACUACUUCAUUCACUCACUGUCUAUUUGUACCUAUGUCACGACUAUUGA